GACUUGGUCACGUACGGCCACAACGGCGCGACUGCAUCAAUGGGGCCCAAACCGACGAAACCGACGACUGCAAAACCCGGACAGGCAAAGGGAGCGAAUCGUAAACGACCUGCUGCGAAACCGAAGCAACCUUUGCCUCUGCCGCAGAGAUUACGGCGGUUGUUCACGUCGUUGUGCGCACAGAUUGACGGGGGUCAUUUCGCGAACGCCGUGAAGACAUGCGACAAGAUUCUCAAGCUUGUACCGGAUGAUAACGACGCCAUCCAGACAAAGUUGUUCCUUCUCCUGCAAACUGAGAAGUAUGAUGCCGCCCUCGCGCUGAUCGACGCCAGUAAUGCUGGCAUCGAUCGUUCCUUUGAGAAAGCAUACUCGCUAUACCGCUUGGAGCGUGAGCCAGAGGCUGCCGAGUUGCUAAGGGAGCUUAAGAGCAAGGAGGGAGUGGAUGAACGAGGAGCACUUCAUCUUGAAGCACAGCUGGCUUACCGUAUGGGCGAUUAUCAGACUGCGUGUGACCUAUACAAUCAACUACUGGAUACAGCCGAGCCGCAAUCCGACGAGCAAGCCGACAUUCUUACGAACCUGCAAGCGUCUCAGAAGCAUUUGGAUUUCAUCAAUGUCGAGUUCCUGCACGCCUUGGACAGCUUGCCGGGUGCACUUACAAGCAGUCUCGAAUCCGCCCCACCGCCCUCGCAACAGGUGCCGGCAGCAGCCCUCUCCAACUUGGCAUCAACGUCGGGCCCUGCACCCGGCGAAGAUCCUGCCAAAACGGCACCCAAGCGGGUGCGGAUGAAGCGUGUACCGAAGGGUGUCAUCCCUGGAGUGACACCACCGCCCGAUCCAGAGCGCUGGCUGAAGAAGAGCGAGAGAUCGACUCAUGUGCAGGCGAAGGGGCGGAAGAAGGGAGGCGGUGCCACCCAGGGAGUCGUUAUGGAUCAUCCUCCUGCGAGUGGGGGAGCGUCCACAGGGCACAGCAGUCAGAAAGGUGGAGGAAAGAAGAAGAAGAAUCCGAGCAACUACGCUCCCGGCCCGACCGAGGCCACCCCUCUCGGCGAGGUGAGUUACCAGCCCAGACCGAUGGUCUCCAAAGUAACUGACCCUUCGCAGGCGGAGUCGCACAACCUUGGCCGCUUCCUCCGCGAGACGUAUCUGAAUGAGAACUCGCCCUCGCGCAUCCGCGGGAUGCGCUACGAUCUGGUGAACACGAAGCAGAUCCACAUCAGGGUGAAGAAUGGCGGCGAGGGCAAGCCCGUUUUCGACUCGUGCAUCGCGCUCCUGCAGGGGCUGUUCCCUCCGAACCCCAACAACAGGAUGACCCUCGCGAACGGAGAGACCGUGGUGGCUCCGCUUAACGGGUACCAAUAUAUCCCUGUUGAGACCGUCGAGCCGUCGAAUGACCGCUCUCUGGAGAGCUGGACGGACUGUCCCGCCUUCGAGAAGCACAUCAAGAACUUCUACGGCUCGGACGAGUUCAAGAAGGAGGCGAAGAACGCCGAGCCUUUCUUCAACGCAGUCAAGGGCUUCGUCUACGGCCCCGAGGUAUCCUUUGAGAACGCGGUAAGUGUAUUCGACUUCGUCGGAACGGAGCUGACCUACAACAAGUCCUACGCCUACCGCCUACCGCCGACCUACAUCGAGCAGGCACGGCACUGGGCCAACUUCCACGAGAACGGCGUCUUCUCAUCCAAGGAUAUCGGAGGUAUCGGUAACCUGCCUGCCCGCACGGUUCUGAGCCCCAUCCUGACGGCGAUGGAGCGCAUCGUGUGGGAUGACGACCCCCUGCAGCUCAUGGUCCAGGAGAUAUCGUACCAGCCGUUCAUCUCGCUCUUCCACAUGACAGGCAUCGCCGAGCGCUACCCAGAACUUCAGGCCAUGCCGAACUUUGCAAGCGCGCUCGCGAUCGAGCUGCGCGGCGGCGACGAGGGCGACCCUCGCGACUUCCUGCGGUUCAAGUUCAAGAAUGGGACGGACGACGCCGACUUCCAGGUGUUACACGUCUUCGGCCACAACGGGGACAUCCCGCUCACAGAGUUCAUCUACCGCACCGAGAACUACGUGAUCGACUCGAACAAGCAGUGGGCGCGUGUAUGCAGCGGAAGCCCGAACGAGGUCUCGGGGUGGGUGAGCAACAGCGCAAGCGUCAACGGUAUCUGCGCGGCGCUCCUCGCGCUCGUCAUGCUCGUCGGCAUGUUCUUCCUCACCCGGUUCGUCGCGCGCAGGAACAAGCGCCGGGCGUACAUCCGCCUCGAGGAGCCGGAGCCGCAGGUGAGUUACGAUCCGUUCUGGGGGGAGGGGUUCGCUGGGUGUUUGGGUAUGGAGGACGCGUGA